AUGGCGAGGGCGAGGAGAGAGGGCAAGGCAGAGGGGAUUCUUGGCUUUCAAACAACACCCCCACCGUCGCACCCCGUCGCCUCGGGGUGCGACAGCGCCCAGGGCGCGCCCCGUGACUGGCGCCGCCAACCCUACAUUGGGCACAGAAAACAAGUGACAGAAGUUGCCAAUAGUAACCCGGCAAAGAACCUCAAGUUCGGGAAGAGCAGACACAUUGCGCAGCCUCCGCCUGCAGGGGAGGAUGUCGCCGACCUUGGUCCUGGUGAGUUACGCAAUCCCGUGCGAAAAGGAUUGCAAAAGUCUUGCGUCCCUUGCAAAAGGGAUUCCAAAGGCUUUGCGCAAGACUUGCGAAAUACUUUCGCAAGGAUUGCGCAAUAA